CUGAUUUAUAGUUUUUAAUUUAUGAAUUCCACACCGCCUAUAAAAGCCCCGCACUUUUCUUCAUUCCUCCAACGGGGAUCUCCAUCUGUCUGAUUCCAACGAACUCAGACCAUAAGAAAUUGAAUCCAACACAGCUCUGCAAGUGGUACGUGUAUCAUGCAAGAAUUUUGUUAUCUUCUGGAAGAUGAAAUAUGGAACAUGAGAAUAAAAUGAGGUACAAUGCGAGAUUUUGUUAGUGAUAAUGGAAAAUGUUAGCUCUUGUGCAAUCAGAGGCUGUCUUGAAGAGGACCUGGACUGACAAUGUGAUGUCUUCUAGUGAGCAUUCCAUGCAUGGGGUUAACAAUAAUGGGUUUCAAGCACAGAGCUCUGAUUUUUUAAACAGCAGGCAUGGCUCUGAAACAUAUCUUGCUCCAAGUAAAUUAAAAGAUAGAAGUUUUGAUUUCCCAGACCUAGAGGCUAAGGGACUUCAUUUGCGAGCUAGUGCACAGAAAGAGGAGAUUCAGCAUCUUCGUGAACAAAUUGCUGUAGCCUGUGUGAAGGAAUUGCAGCUGCAGAAUGAGAAAUGUGCACUGGAGAGGAAAUUCUCUGACUUGCGGAUGGCAAUUGACGAGAAGCAGAAUGAAGCCAUCACUUCUGCCUCAAAUGAAUUGGCUCGUAGAAAAGGUGACCUUGAAGAAAAUUUAAAGCUGGCACAUGAUUUAAAGGUUGCAGAGGAUGAGAGAUAUAUCUUCAUGUCAUCCAUGCUCGGGCUGUUGGCUGAAUAUGGUAUUUUGCCCCCUGUUGUAAAUGCUUCUGCCAUUACCAGCAGUGUGAAGCACCUACAUGAUCAGUUACAGUGGAAGAUCAGAACCUCACAUGAUAGAAUUAGAGAGUUGACAGGUAUAGUGGGAACUCAUACUGGAGGCAGAUCUCAUGAAAAUGAUAGGCCUAUUUCUGGCAUUUUGAACAAUCAAAUUCCUCAUAGAGCCACGGCUAGUCAUGGCUUUUCUUCUAAUAACCACUACACAGAUGAGCAGCAUCUUAUGCCACCUGACAAUAUGCUGAGAUAUAUGCCUGAUAAUGAUCACACUGCAAAAAAUUUAAUGUUUAAUGAUCCGGGACAACAACAGUUGAGCAAUGGCAAUUCACAGGAGUUCUUCUUCAGUUCUGAUAGAGGUGGUGCUGGCCGUAAUCCUGAUAGUGCAUUUGAUAGAGGUGCUGUAAGAACUGGAGCAGAGGAUGUGACCAACAAUGUCUUUUCUCAUCAUGAUGAGAUGGACUCCUAUGGUUCUGAAGGCCCUGGCAUUGAGGGGUUUCAGAUAAUUGGUGAUGCUACACCAGGAGAAAAGCUUUUAGGAUGUGGAUAUCCUGUACGAGGGACUACACUUUGUAUGUUUCAGUGGGUUCGUCAUCUUCAGGAUGGCACUAGGCAGUACAUUGAGGGAGCUACAAAUCCAGAAUAUGUGGUUACAGCUGAUGAUGUUGAUAAACUGAUUGCUGUUGAGUGCAUACCGAUGGAUGACCAAGGCCAUCAGGGGGAACUAGUGAGGCUUUUUGCUAAUGAUCAGAACAAAAUAAAAUGUGACCCAGACAUGCAAAAUGAGAUUGACAAGUACAUUUCCAGAGGCCAAGCAGCAUUUAGUGUUCUGUUACUGAUGGAUUCUUCUGAGAAGUGGGAGCCAGCAACUUUGACUUUGAAACGGUCGAGUUACCAAAUCAAGAUCAAUAGCACAGAAGCUGUGGAAAUUUCUGAGAAAUAUUCAAAGGAAUUAUCGAUUAAAGUACCUAGUGGGCUCUCAACACAAUUUGUUGUGACAUGUUUUGAUGGGUCUUCACAUCCCUUUAACACAUAUGGUGUUCGAAUGCGGGAUACUCUUGUUUUGACAAUGAGAUUAUUCCAGAGCAAGGUACCUUUCUCAUCAAAAUUUGCUUUAGAGUGUUCCAAAUCCAUGCCUAUGGUUUUUGUUGUAGUGGCAGUGGAGAUGCUGGUAGUUGUUUCUAGAGAGAACCCAUAUUGUAUACUUUUGAACAAUUGACAUCUCUUACUCAUCUUAGUCAACAAAUUUAAUUUCUGUUGCAAGGAUAUCAAUAAGUCAUCUUAUACGUGAUUAUGGUACCACAUAGAACACUUCACUUCUAUAGGGUAAGAAUGCAAAAAUUGAAAUUGUGGAGAUAAAUAAUGAGAAGAUAAUAGAAACAAUGGUUAUUGAUUAUCCUAGGUUAACUACCCCUGUAAAGGUGGAAUUUUUACUCUAGUUUUAAAUGCAGUCUUAUGUCAUCUUUUGAUUUUUCAUUUAAAAAACAAGAGUAACAAAUGAAUGAGUCAUGUCUUUGUACUUGAUAUUUUAUCAAAUCAUGAAAUGAAUAGGACCAUAAAGAAUGCUAUCAAUACAAUGUGAUUGUGGUGUAGCUAUCAAGAUGAGGUUAAAAUUUUCGAGGAUCAAACAAGUUUGUGGUCUGUCAUAGUUAUCAGGAUGAAUUGGUGAAGUGAGAAUCAUAUUUAGACAUCAUAAGGAUAAUAAAAUACGGUGAUGCUUAUAUGCCUGUUAUAUCUGUAAUUGGACAUAAAGGAAAAUCCGAAUAGAUUUGAUACCAAUACAAGUAGGAGAAGAUGUAUUAAUCAUGCUCUUCUUUGCAGGAAUAUAUUGUUAGGAUUUUAGGGGAAACUAGUAUUAUUUGUUCAAUGCCUGUGCAUGUACUUAUUUUUAACCCCUUUUUUAUUUUAUUAUAUAUAUGUUU